AUGCCGCCCAAAGCAGCAGUAGAGGACUUUGACGACGACUUUGAGUUCGACCUGCCGACCGUCACGUCGCCCGCCGUCUCUCAGGCGCAGGGAAGUGCUCCGCAAGCAGACCAGAUGGCCGCUUUCCAGAAAAUGAUGGAGCAGAUGGGCCAGGCUCCUAGUUCUGGCGACUUUGGUUCCUCCCGACCUCCAGCAGAUCUUGAAGUUGCUGGCUCUAGCGGAUCGCAGACCAAAGGCGAUGGAGAACAUAAGAAGUGGGUCAGCGUCUAUCCCAUUUACUUUGACGCCAAGCGCCACUACGGAAAAGGUUGCCGACGAGUCUCCUACGAAAAGUCGAGCCCAUUCCCUACGCAGCUAUGGAUCGCCAAGGCUGUCGGCCGACUUCAACUCAAGUAUGUUCAGGAGCCGUACAAGACGCAUCCUCAGGACUGGGAGAAUCCGGGUCGAGUCAAGGUGCAGCUGUUCAGCGACGACGGCGAACCAAUCAACAGUCGAUUCCCCGGCAAGAAGCAGCUGUUCGACGCCAUUGCAGAGACGCUCCAGCCCAACUGCGGAGGAAAACCGCCUGCGAUCGAACCCCGCAAGAAACGCGUUCGUCCCUCGACGAUCAAGAAGCAAGCUCUGGCUGACAAUGCAAAGGUUGCCGCUGCUGGCCCCUCCACUGGCGCCGACGCUGCAGGAUCGUCCAAGAAGAACAAAAACAAAGCGGCUGCUGCUGCCGCUACCGCCUCGAGCAGCACUGCCGGUCCCUCCAAGCCGACGCUGACCAAGGAGCAACGCAAGCAGAUCCUUCAAGCCAAGCGAGACCCUAACCCGAACCCGAUCCGAGAGCGACUGGCCCGCAUGCGGUUCCCGCCUACGUUGGAAGCACGUCUUCCGGCGCACUCGCCUGCCAUCGAAGGCGGUCUGCUCAACAUGAACCUAGCUGAAGCCAUGGGUGGUAUGCCACCGGGCAUGCCCGGAGCCGAUGCACUUGGAGGAUUGGGCGGAAUGCUCGGCAGCAUGGGUCUCGGUGGCAACGACGACGACGACGACGACGACGACGACGAGCAGGAGGAAGCGGCAGCAAAGAAGAAGGACCCCAUGAAUCCGCUCAACUUGGGUCGUAGGCAGAGAAAGAAGGUGGUGCGCAUCGGACGUUGA